AUGUCAGACCAUAAGACAACUUCAGACACUCAUAUUGCACUCAAAUUUCCUAUUCAAGCCAUCACAACAGCAGUCUUACUCAUGAUGGUUGGUGUUUAUUUUAUGGCUGCAGGGUUUCCUCUUUUCACAGUGACAAUGGGGAUGGUUGGAUUUGUUCUAGGAGCGGGUGUUACUUGGGUUAGUUUACGAGCAGAAGAGCCAGUUCACGGUUAUCCAAUGGCAUCUACUGUUUAUCUUUGUGCAUGUGUAGGGGCUGGAUUGUUCUUUGGCUUAGCCACAUCAUACUUUUGGAAACUUAGCCUUUACUUGUUAUGCUGCGUCGCCAGUUACAUGUUUUCAUUAUUCGUGUGGUGCUGGAGAGAUGACUUUAUUAUCAGGUAUACCCUCACAAGGCACUUGGCGAGUUUGUCGAUUGCCCUUGUAUUUACUCUAUCCGUUGUUGUGAUCGAGUUUAUUGCGGUCAUUGUGUCCAUGUCAUUUAUUGGUGCCUAUCUAUUCGUUCUCGGGCUCGACGUAUUCGUCCGAACAGGGUUUUCCAAGGGUAUAGAAGAUAUUUUGACAUUUAGGCCGUACUAUAAGACAACGUACCAUAUUGACCUCAGAGUAUACAGUAUGCUCUGUAGUGUGCUGGGACUAUGGGUUAUAGCAUCUGUCUGGCAAACGUACUUUAAUAGGGGAAAGCGGUUUGGACUACAUGUGGUUAAGAACUCUAAUGAUACCCUGAAGGUGUAA